AAAAAUCCGAAAUCGACUAAACACCGUAUCGAAGCUCGAACAACAAAACAAAUUGCAAUUCACAUAGCUAAUCCAAAUAUUAAAGAGGGAUACUUACCGCGACUCAAAACAUCAGAAAAUAUAUACAUUGGCGAAGCAGCAGUAUAUAAUCGUGACGGCAUUUGUUACGCGUUAGCAACGAAUACCGGAGAAGACGAUGUAGACAUCGAAAUUGAACCUCAAUACAUUCAUCCUUACGAUAUUUACGACUCGUCGGACGACGACCCAAUUUCUUCAUAUAUGACCGAAAACACACCAGAAAAUAGAGCAACACGAAUUAGAAAUCUUUUAAGAACCGAUCAUCUCAAUGCAGAAGAACGUAAACAUGUAUUCAACAUCGUCGACGAAUUUUCAGACAGAUUUUACUUGCCUGGAGACAAACUAGGAGAAGUACCGAAUUUUUACCAUUCAAUUCAUACAACAGAUGACGUACCGAUUAAUACAAGACAAUACCGAUAUCCACCAGUACACCAAGACGAAAUACAACGUCAAGUAAAGGCUCUGUUAUUACAAGGAGUCAUACAGCCAUCUAGUUCACCAUAUAAUUCUCCGUUAUGGAUUGUACCAAAGAAACCAGACGCUAAGGGCAAUAAGCGUUGGCGUAUGGUAAUCGAUUUCCGAGCCUUAAACGAAAAGACUUUGAGUGAUAAAUUUCCUUUGCCGAAUAUCACCGAAAUUCUAGAUAAAUUGGGAGGAGCAAAAUAUUUCACAAUUUUUGAUAUAGCAAAUGGAUUUCAUCAAGUUCAAAUGGAUCCUAAGGAUUGUCCGAAAACAGCAUUCACAACACCGGAUGGGCAUUUUGAAUUUGUACGCAUGCCAUUUGGUUUAAAAAAUGCACCACCGACAUUUCAACGCUUAAUGAAUCAAGUUAUAUCUGGUCUAGAGAACGCUCAUGUAUUCAUAGACGAUAUGGUUGUUUUCUCUUCAUCACUACGAGAACAUGAAAUAAAAGUAAAAAAAUUACUCAAUCGGCUCAGAGAAUUUGGACUUACACUGCAGAUUGAUAAAUGCGAAUUCUUACGUAAGGAGGUUACUUAUUUAGGACACAUUUUAACAGAAAAUGGUGUUAAGCCAGAUCCUCGUAAAUUACAAGCUGUAAAAGAAUUUCCCAUUCCUAAAACACAGAAAAAUGUCCAGCAGUUCUUGGGACUGACAGGAUAUUAUCGCCGUUUCAUAAAAGAUUAUUCUAUUAAAUCAAAACCAUUAGUUCAAUUAUUAGGUAAAGGAAUUUGUUUUAAGUGGACCGAAGACCAGCAAAAAAGUUUUGAAAAUUUACGCGACGAACUCUGUACACAACCAAUUUUACAAUAUCCGGAUUUUAAUCGACCGUUCAUUGUUACCACUGACGCAUCAGAUUACGCAAUUGGAGCUGUACUUAGUCAAGGAGAAAUAGGAAACGAUCUACCAAUUGCCUACGCAUCUCGUACCUUAAAUAAAGCCGAAAGGAAUUAUUCUGCUACAGAAAAGGAAUGUCUUGCAAUGGUUUACGCAGUACAAUAUUUCAGACCGUAUCUUUAUGGAACAAAAUUCACACUCGUCACAGAUCACCGACCGUUAGUCUGGUUACACUCUGUCAAGGAUCCGACAUCACGACUUAUGAAGUGGAGACUCAGACUCUUAGAGUACGAAUAUCAGGUUAUCCAUAAAGCAGGAAAGACGAACAAGAACGCAGACGCAUUAUCACGUAACCCAGUACCAUCUUGCUUACCACUUAUACCCCGAGAUCCUCAAGACCCCGAUUACAAGCACAUAGGACAGAAACCAGAAAUCGACACGGAUUCCAUAGGAUUUCGUGUGCGGCAACUACAAAGGGACAGGGAAAGGAGACCGAAAUAUCAAGAGGAAAACACUAGCUCUGAUGAAGAACCAGCCCGUGGGAAGGUUCAACAUUCUCCAAUAGCAGAUAGACCGAGAGUCUUACCUAACUUAUCGCACGAGAUAAGUAUGCCAGAUGAACACAUGGAAACAAUAAACUUUCAUCCGCAAGCAAAUUCUACUAAAAUCACAUCGACAGAAGAAGACGUAAACUUGAUUUCAUUCGAAGAACCAUCAGAAAAUACCAUUACGGAAAACACGAUAAUCGCAAACCCGCAACAGGAUUUACUUAACCAUACACCAUUAUCACUUGUAACAAAUGAGGGAAUUUUACAACCACAACCUGUUAACGAAACAAUAGGAACGGCAAUCCAGCAACCACAGGAAAACUUUGACCGUACCGUUGACCCUUAUCCGUUCACACUUCUUGACACAGACACUCUUUCCACGGAGGGAGAUGACCUGCGAAGAAAAGUGCAACCUUCACAGACACUUGAGGUUAUUAUCUCUCCAAACACCCUGACCACCGAGGAAGGUCAUUACGCACAUUUCAUACCUGCGGACUGUAAAUUGGUAACCCCCAUUGGAAAACUGUUACUGGACACAGAAGCAAUAGAUUUACAACAGCUCAUGUCAAAGAAACCGCAGAAAGGAGACGUAAUAGAAUCAGCAAAUGGCUCAUACAAAGUUUACAGUAUAAUAAUAUCAGAUAAUUUUUACGACACCAUUAAAAGUGAAGAUAUACUAAACGGACUACAAACACUGAAACAGCAUUUAGAUCAAAAUCCAAUUAAAUCAUUUAGAAUAUCAGCAGUCGGAGAUUUUCAUAAAUUACCAACCAAUGAAUUAACUAAAUUAAUAAAGGACGUUUUCAACGGUACAACACAGAAAAUCAUCAUAUGCAAUUGUUCAACGAUUACACCAUCAGAAGAAGAUCGAUUACAAAUAAUUCGCGAAGCUCACGACAGUUUGAUAGGAGGACAUAAAGGAGUCACAAAAACAUAUAAACGCAUCAGAGCGAAAUAUCAAUGGCCAGAAAUGCACAACGAAAUACGAAAUUAUAUCAGGAAAUGUCCAAGCUGUCAAGAAGAGAAAUUAGUUAGAGCAAAAACUCAUCAACCAAUGUUAAUUACCGAUACCCCGAUAGAACCAUUUGAUAAAGUUGCUUUAGACACCGUAGGACCUUUACCUUUAACGCCUAGCGGAAAUAAAUACAUUCUCACAAUGCAAGAUUGUUUAACGAAAUAUUGUAUAGCAGUAGCAAUACCAAACAUUAGAGCAGCCACAAUAGCAGACGCUUUCGCGAGACAUUUUAUUGCCAUAUAUGGAACACCACGAGCAAUAUUAACAGACAAGGGAACUAGUUUUAUCGGAAGCUUAAUGAAAAAUCUUUCAGAAAUAUUCAAAAUCAAACAAAUCACAACUUCUGGAUACAGACCACAAACUAAUGGAUCACUAGAACGAAGUCAUAUAGUACUAACAGAAUAUCUUAAACAUUACAUGAAUAAUUAUGAAGAUUGGGACCUAUUAAUACCAUUUGCCAUGUUUUCUUAUAAUACUUCCGUACAUGAAGCAACAAAUUUCUCUCCAUAUGAAUUAAUAUUUGGAAAACCAGCCCGUGAACCAAGUUCGUUUCCAACUGGCGAAAGGUUAAAAUCAUAUGGCGACUAUUUAACAGAAUUAAUAACUCAUACUAUAAAAAUCCGCAACAUAGCAGCCGAUAAUUUGAUUGCCUCCAAGCACCGUUCGAAGAAGUACUAUGAUAAACAUUCCCGACCGGUAGAAUUCAAUGUAGGCGAUUAUGCUUAUGUAUUGCUAGAACCACGAAUUAGUAAAUUUGAUCCACAUUAUGUAGGGCCAUAUGAGAUCAUUAAUGUAACAGAUAUGAACAACCAACUGAGAGGGACACCAGUCGCAUCGAGCUGCUGAUGAACUUGACGGCCCGCCUGUGCAUGCGCAGCACUUGCUACAGAUUAGACGUUGGCAUUGUCUGUAUGCAGUGUGCUCUCGAAGCAGCCCUUGGAGCAGCAAGGAUCUAUGACAUGGUGGAGGUACACUAUCCACUACCAACGGCAUAUCCGCCUGGGGCCUGCGAUAUUUGCAGCGCGCCCCUGAUGGAGUUGCAGGCCGCCUACCACUGCGAGGAGUGUAUUGCCGCCAUCAUCAUGGAAAUGGAAUACCAAAGAGCAAACCAACCCAUACCACCGCCUGCAAUAGUACCAACCUGGUACACCGAGAGACAAAUCCGAUCGAGGCAGCCUGGACCCAGACGUACGCUUCGACUUCAUACCGCAGUUAGCAGCAUCACCAACCAUCACACGUAGCGAUAAGUACACACACAUCACACAUAACACCCGACAUAUUGCAUUACAACACCAAAACUUCAACACAUUCUAGUGAGUGUUUUCCUUUCCAAUUGAAAGCAUCACGAUUACCGCGAUGUUUCAUCUAAGGGGGGAGGUGUCACGUAGACAGACCGUUUUUAUCAAACGUGUCUCCUUUCAAAUAAGCUUAAACAUCUGGAAAGGAAAACUCUCGGGCAAACCGACCAUUUACUCUCGUAAUAAACAGAAGGCCCACCGAUAG